CCCCCAAAACAACCCAAAACAUGCUCUGCCCCCCCAAGACCUUUUCAACGUUCCUUUUACCCCCAAAACCGCCCCCGAUUUUCUUCCAGCCCCCAAAACCAAUCCCCAGGCGUAACGCCGUUUAAACCCCGCUCGAAAUGCCCAAAAUACCCUUACGUUUAAAAUUCCCCGUUAUGAGUUACCUCCUCGUCCGUACCCUGUCAUCUCUCUCUUCUGCAAGCAAACCGACUCCAGAAACCCAAUUCAAAACCCUAGCCCUAAAUCAACCGACCCCAACUCAAACCGAAUCAAAGCAAAGGGAUCAAAAUGGCCGGCGAUUCAACCCCCAAAGCCAACCUCAAUGCCGACCACAGCGAAAGCGAUUACGCCCAGCGGUUCGAAAUCUCAGAAAGAGCCCAGACAACUGCAGUGCGGGCUGAAUCUGAAGCUCGGGCUGCGAUUGGUGAUGUUCUAGAGGACAUCGCAACCAGCCAUUCUCAUCCCAGAAGCCCGCCUCAAAAUUUAAGUGUAGGCCCACGCGAAGGUCUAGAGGGCAGCACCGGCACCACCGGCGCGUCCAACGAUGCCACUAGAGCGCUCCUUGGUCUACAGAGAGGAGAAGAAGAGAAGCACGUGGCAGCACCCAAAAGAAAAAGGGCAAAGCCAGCUAUUACGUUGCGGCCCACCGCCAGCUUCGGUGCCUAUCACGACUUCAUGCAGAAUUUGGUGACGCGUAUGGGGCCAAGGCAUUUUGCGGCCUACGAAGAUAGUGUAUUCAGACACUACGUCCAAUUUGGCCCACCUGGCGUCGAUCUUCCCACCUUUGAGCACAUUUUGAGUCAGUGGGACAAGAAGAGCAAAAAAUUCGUCUUCACCGAUAGGAAUGAUGGAGAAGAGAUCCCAUGCUCAUUCAACCUUGAGUGGGUAAUGGAGCAUACAUGGUUCUCCAAUGAGGGGCUUCAUGUUGACCACAAUCGGGACAGGAAAAAUAGGAUUUGGUCCAGGUUCUUUGACAAACCCGAGACGGGGGGUUCCAGCAGUAUAGCUCCCCCCAAAGGAGGCCCCACCAGACGCAAUGUGGAGGACCUGCUCUUGAAGCUGGUACUAUCUUCUGAUCGCCGAGAUGUGAAGGACUUUGUCCUGCUACAGAUCCUCUAUCAGCUGAGCAUGAUUUGGUGUCCAAGCAGUGUUUCCGGCGUUCCUAGGCAUUUAUUCAAGUACGUCGACAGCAUCGAACAGGUCAACAACACUGCUUGGGGGACCUAUAUAUUCAGUGAGACAUCUGACGCGAUAGAGAGGGCACUGAAGGGUCCUGAGCCAGGGAAGACGACAUUAUAUCUGCAAGGGUGUACCCCUCUAGUUUGUUUGUGGUAUUAUGAACUCACCGGCAUCAAGAAGCCAGCACUUGGUUGUACGGUGAGGCCUCCCCUGACAAAUUGGGUGAGACUUGGGCACGUUGCUGGUUCUUUGAGAUUGGCCACUGUUGUUGCGAAAGCAAGCAAAGCUACGAUAAAGCUUCCACAGCAACAUGGACAACUUCAAAGAAUCGAGGGAGGUUUUUGGGGGAAGGAGCAGGGGAUAGAGAAAGAGAAGAGGAGAGAGAGAGAGAAGAGGAGGAUUAAGGGUCCGGCUGCAGUAGACGCCGGCAGGGCUCGUGGCCCAAUAGACCUUCUUCACAAGAAGAAGAGGAGAGAAGAAGAUGACGACAUCCCAAUUGAUGCACUUGAUAUUGAUGAAGACGCCGAGCAGCCAAAUGAUGCAGUUGAGCAAAUGGAUUGGCCUCAGCAAGUUAUCUACUGGAAGAGCAUCGCGGCAAUGAACGAAUCAUUACGCCGCGAGAACGAGAAUAAAUUCAAGGGUAUGAUUGCUGCAGACCGUGUAAAGAUAAGUGCUCUUUCUGUGAAGGUGGCUAAGCUGUCUGCUCAAAAUAGAAGACUGAGAGAGGAACUAAGCGAAGCACGAUCCGGAACCCUCUCUGUAUACAAGGAUAAGAGCCCUACAGGAUUGGUGUCCAGCCCAUUGAUGGAGCCGCAAACUUGUACAGACACUCCAGGCACCGUGGGUGGCAUUGAUGUACAGUACGAUGGGGAUGUCAAUAAAUCAUUAUUAUUUGAUGAAGCUAAUAAGGAGAGCGAGGCCCCUCCAACAGGGAGGGCCUCUCCACAACCAUUGUUUUCUGUCGAACCUAUUGAAGAACGCACGUUAUGUAAUUAA